AUGCGUGCAGACAGAAUGCAGUGGGACACUCGUGCCAUCAAGAGUGCUUUCAGAGUGGUGGGCGCCCAGGACAAGAGCACUUUAACCGGACUGGAAGUGUCGGCGGAAAAUACCCCCUUUUCCUUACCGUGCGGUUGUGUGUGUCCAAAGCACAGAAUGAGGGGCAAGGGGGCAGCAUGUAGGCUAGGGGAUCAAGACUGGUUUGUGCUCUGCCUGGUGGUGGGAACGGUGGGGAGACCAGACCGAGUGCGGCGUUUUCAGGCGACCCUGAAGAGGACAGUGUUCCUGGGCUCCAAGGGCAGGCGCGGGGCGGGGCCAGCACUCAAGGGCCUUAUGUGCAAGGAAAACAGUUUAGAUUUUAUCUCCGUGUAUUCGCCUCAGCUGAGUGUUUCCCUUCCUCUCUGCCCACCCCCGCUUCUGCUCCCCGCUGCAAAAAGUCCUAGGCUAGCAGGUGACACAGAGGUCCGUCUGGCCCAAGCAAAGUCAGAGAGCUGCCAGAUUUCCAAGUGCCCCCCACCAGUGAAUGAUCUGAUAAAAGUAAUUGGUGUUCACCGAUUCUGCCCAGGUGCCUACAGUAGCAUCCCCCCUACCGACCGCCAGCCAGAUGAGCAGACUUGGAAAUUAAUAUUGGUAUUAGAAUCAUACAGAAAGGAGACAAGGUUCAAAGAGCUGAAGCAGCUUGUCGGGGAUCCCUCAGCCAGCGGGCGGGCAGUCGGUCAGGGCUCCUGGCUGGAAGCCAGAAGGCUUCCUGUGACUUUUCAGAUCACCUCUCCGUGUACUAGCGAGAGGCAUUACGAGCACCUUGGACGAUGCUGUAACAAGUGUGAACCAGGAAAGUACUUGUCUUCCAAAUGCACUGCUACCUCUGAAAGCGUCUGUCUGCCCUGUGGCCCGGAUGAAUACCUGGACACCUGGAAUGAAGAAGAUAAAUGCCUGCUGCAUAAAGUUUGUGAUACAGGCAAGGCCCUGGUGGCCGUGGAGCCUGGCAACCGGACGGCUCCGCGGCGCUGCGCCUGCACCGCCGGGUACCACUGGAGCGAGGACUGCCGCUGCUGCCGCCGCAACGCCGAGUGCGCGCCCGGCUUCGGCGCCCGGCUCCCGGUGCAGCUCAACAAGGACACGGUGUGCGAGCCCUGCCUCGCCGGCUACUUCUCUGACGCCUCUUCCUCUACAGAAAAGUGCAAACCCUGGACCAACUGUACCAUUCUUGGAGAGACAGAAGCACUUCAUGGGACCGAUAAAUCAGAUGUGGUUUGUAGUUCUCUUCCACCUACAAAACCACCAAAUGAACCCCAGAUUUACUUGCCCAGUUUAAUUAGUCUGCUUCUCUUCAUAUCUGUGGCAUUAGUUGCUGCUGUCAUCUUUGGUGUUUACUAUAGGAAGAAAGGGAAAGCACUAACAGCUAAUUUGUGGCACUGGGUCAAUGAAGCUUGCGGCCGCCUAAGUGGAAAUAAGGAGUCCUCAGGCAGCAAUCUUAGCUGCACUCAUGUGGAAGCCCCUAGUCAGCGUGAAAUCUGUGAGGGUGUCUUACUGCUGACUCUGGAACAGAAGAUGUUUUCUGAAGAUAUGUGCUGUCCUGACAGUGGAGGUGCGUGUGCAGGUGGCGGUCCCUGUGUGCCGGGAGAAGAUGCCAGGAUGCUCACCCUGGUCAGCGAGAUUGAGGGGGAUGCCUUCAGGCAGAUUCCCACAGAAGACGAAUACGUGGACAGACCCCCCCGGACCCCAGACUCUAUAUUGUUCUUCACUCAGCCUGGAAGCACAUCCACACCGCCUUUCCCUGAACCCCUGGAGGUGGGAGAGAAUGACAGUCUAAGCCAGUGCUUCACUGGGACAGAGAGCUUGGUGGAUUCCGAAAGCUGCCACUUCGCUGAGCCUCUGUGCAGGACUGACUGGAUUCCUAUGUCCUCCGAAAAGUACUUGCAAAGAGAAGUGGAGGGUGGCAAUUACCCCCACUGGGCAGCCAGCUCCAACUCUGCAGAUGGCUGUGCAGGCUGCAGGAACCCUGCUGGGGAGGACCGGGAACCCCUGAUGGGUUGCCCCCAAAGUGGACCCUUGCCCCAGAGUGCCUAUGGCAUGGGCCUUCCUCCCGAAGCAGCUGAUGGGGCAGAGGUGGGAGGCCAGCCCAUGGAUGGGGCUGAUGCACGGCUUCCCAGCUCCGUGAGGGGAGGUCCUGGCUAUGGAGGCCCUUCCAGUGACCAGCCACCUGCAUCAGGAAAUGUGACUGGAAACAGUAACUCCACGUUUAUUUCCAGCGGGCAGGUGAUGAAUUUCAAGGGCGACAUCAUCGUGGUCUACGUCAGUCAGAACUCGCAGGAGGGGCCGGCGGGGCCGGGCGGCGGCGCGGGGGAGCCGGUGGGCCGCCCGGUGCAGGAGGAGAGCCCGCCGUGCUGCGACUCGUUCGCCGGCCUCGGGCCGCGCUUCCCGAACACGUGCGCCGGCCUCGAGGUGGGCCCGGGGCUGCAGGAGCGAGGCGCCCCCGGGCCCGACAAGGCCUCGCGGCCGGUGCAGGAGCAGGGGGAGGCCGAGGCCGGCGCGCCCGAGACGCGGCGCUGA